UUAUAUAUGUACAAUUUAUUGUCAAUGAAGAGAUAAGUUGCAAGGCCAGUCUAUGGAUCAACUUUUCAGCCAUCUCUUCAACUGGUUUCUUUGUUUGUGUAUGGCAACACUCACUCACUUGCAAUCCCAUUGUUUUGCAGGAGCUGAAUAAAGAAAGUUCUCGCUUCAAGGAUGAACUCUGGUUGGGAAUCCGUGAUCUGAGUUCGAAGACAGAUUUGAUUGUUUUUGUUCAUAAUCUAUCACAUACCAUACCUCGAUACAAUACUUCCAGUGUGCCUGAACAAAAGCCUGUCCUGUCCCUGUUUCUGGAUGAGGCUAAAUCUCUUGGGAUUCCUUGGGUUCUUGCAAUAACAAACAAAUUCUCUGUUAGUGCACACCACCAAAAGGCUGCAAUUGAAGCAGUUUUAAAAGCAUACCAAGCAUCUCCAAGCACAACUGAAGUUUUAAAUUCCAGUCCAUAUGUUAUGGCUACUGUUUCUGAGGCUUCCUUGUCGCCACAUGUGAGCAAUGAAAAACUCAACAGAAGAAUUGGUGUUCAAAAGCUUUUAUUUGCUCCUAUUAAUGUUGUUAGGAGGCCUUUCCGGAGAAAGGAAAUUGUUUUUCCAGUUGAAGGUGUUAACUCUCUCUGUCAGCGAGUCCACAGCGUUCUACAUAAUCACGAAGAGGCUUCAUUUCAGGAACUUGCUAGAGAUAGACUAAUGAUGGAGUUGGCACGAGAACAUCCAAUGUCAAUCGAUGCAAGUAAAGAUGCCACAGCGAAGGCAAAUUCGUUGAAUUCCGCAGCAGUGGGCGCAUCAAUAGGGGCUGGUAUCGGCAUUGUGAUGGCCAUUGUAAUGGGCGCAGCAUCUGCCUUGAGGAAACCGUAAGGACCAAUUCAAAUCCUUUACACUUAUAAGGUGAUUACAUAUGAUGCAUUCAGAGAGAGAUAGAGAUGAAAUAGAAUGAGUUUGAACAGAGGUACAUGUCAUCCACAGACACUCUUUUAAUGUCACUUUCUCCUUGAAUGUAUGACUUUAUAUGAUUGUAGAGGGUCCAAUUUUCAACUCCUCUCCUCUUUUACGAUUGAAACUAUGCUUUUAGUAUCGCGCAAUAGAAAUUAGGUUGUAUAGGUUAUGUGCAGGUGCUCAUGUUAUUAGAAUUUCAUUCUUUUCUUGGA